UUGUCGACUGACGUGCAAACGCAGGACCGACAUCGGCGGCGUUGACCUCAGCACCACCACAAGUUGAUCAUGUCUCUCGAAAUGGUUCCGGGGGCCAAGUGCUACGUGCCCGAUGAAAAGGACGUGUGGUUGCCUGCCGAAGUCAUUGGCCAAACGCCGGGCACCAAGGAAAUCAAGUGCAAGGUGUGGCUCGUCGACGGGUCGACUGAAGAACGUGUGGUGAACUUGGAUGACAAAAGAACCCGCGCCCUCAUGAGCGGCAAAGGCGAAUCCACGGACAGCGUUGAUACCCUUCCUUUCCAAAAUGAAAACGUCGGCGAAGAAGGGAUUGAAGACAUGAUCACCCUCAACUACCUCCACGAGGCAGCAAUUUUGUACAACGUCAAGACGCGUUUCUUGAAGGAAUUGCCCUACACAUACACAGGCGACAUCUGUAUCGCCGUCAAUCCGUACAAGCGAUUGCAUGAUCUAUAUGCAGAACAUCAACACAUUCGGUACCUCAACUUUCCUCGCGAAGAAUUGCCGCCGCACGUGUAUGCGACAUCGGUUGCAUCCUACGAGAACAUGAAGACUGCUGGGCGUAACCAGUCGAUCCUGGUGUCUGGGGAAUCCGGGGCCGGGAAGACCGAAACGACCAAGAUUCUCAUGAACCAUUUGGCCACUAUUGCCGGUGGAAUGAACGACGGCACGAUCAAAAAAAUUAUCGAAGUCAGUCCAUUGCUCGAGUACUUCGGGAAUGCCAAGACCGUUCGCAAUGACAACAGUUCUCGCUUCGGCAAGUUCACACAGCUCCAAUUCGACCGAGUGGGGACGUUGGUCGGAGCCAAGUGUAAGACGUACCUGUUAGAGAAGACUCGUGUAAUCAGCCACGAACACCCCGAGCGAAACUACCACAUUUUUUACCAGGUGAUUGACUCUGGCGAGACGGCGACGGAAUUGUUCUUGGACCCGGCGGCCAACUACCGGUACAUCGGCGAAAAAUCCACCGCCAUGAUUGAAGGCCAGACCGACUUUGAGCAUUUCAAAGUCACUGCCGACCGGUUGUCGCUCAUUGGAUUCAAUCACACGUCGCAAAUGGACUUGUACAAGACGCUGGCAGGGAUUUUACACCUGGGGAACAUUUCGAUUAUUUCAAAUCCAUCAAACGACGAAGAGUCGAUGAUUUCGCCAGGUGAUCAAGCGGCGGCCCAUGCAAUCCAGUUGAUGGGAUUGACACCCGAAUCCCUUCAAAAGGCCCUGUGCUCGCGCACCAUGCGUGCAAGAAACGAUGUGUACAGCGUCCCGUUGAAGAAGGAAGCGGCCAUGGACUGUGUGGACGCCCUGUCUAAAGCCAUCUACUCUCGUGUGUUCGACUGGUUGGUGGACCUCAUCAACGUUUCGUUGUCUGACGACAAGCGCAUGGACCACCACAUCGGCGUACUCGACAUUUUCGGGUUUGAGCAUUUCAAACACAACUCGUUUGAGCAAUUUUGCAUCAACUACGCGAACGAGAAGCUGCAGCAAAAGUUUACGUCGGACGUGUUUAAGACUGUGCAAAUCGAGUACGACGAAGAAGGAAUUCAGUGGGAACACAUCGAGUAUGCUGACAAUCAAGACGUUCUGAACGUGAUUGAGGACCGUAUCGGGAUUAUUUCGUUGCUCAACGAAGAGUUGAAAAAGACCAAAGGUAGCGAGAAGGGCUUCAUGUCGACCAUUAUGUCGAUCAACAAGGAGCUGUACAAGCCGAGCGUGAUUGAAUUCCCCCGCACUUCGCAAACCGAGUUCAUUAUCAAGCAUUAUGCGGCCCCCGUCAAGUACGAAGCGAUCGGGUUUUUGGAAAAGCACAAGGACAACUUGUUGCCCGACUUGGGCGACUUGAUGCGCAGUUCCAACAUCACGUACAUCCAGAAGCUGUUUGAAGAAAAGGCUGAAGAAGUCAAGGAAGAGCCGGCGAAUAAGCGCCGCGGUGGUAUGAUGAACUUGUCUACAGUCGGCACACAAUUCAAGGACAGCUUGACUGAAUUGAUGAAUUCGAUCCAAGCGACCAGUGUGCAAUAUGUCCGCUGCAUCAAGCCCAACUCGAUCAAGAGCUCCAACACGAUGGAACAUGCGAUGGUGGUGUCCCAGUUGCGUUGCGCAGGUGUGAUUGAAGCCAUUCGUAUUUCGCGUGCUGCUUACCCCAACCGUCAAACCCACGAAGAGUUCUUGACUAAGUUCCGCUUAUUUGUCCCGCCUGGCCCUGGCUCGUCAAAAGAAAAGUGCCAACAGCUCAUGGACAAGUUGAAACUCACGUCUCCAACGCAGUACCAAAUGGGGUGGUCCAAAAUCUACUUUCAACUGGGGGUACUCGAGGAGUUGGAGGAUCGCCGAAAGAAAUUCCUCGACAAGAAGGCUCGAUUUGUGCAAAAGGUUAUGCGUGGUUUCUGCCAACGCCUCAAGUACUUGCGGACAUUGCAAGCCGUUGUCAAAAUUCAGUCGUUCGUUCGUUGUGUCCUUGCCAUGCACCGUUACAACACGUUUGUCAAAGGUCUCAUUCUGGCUCAAGCUCGCAUUCGUGGCAUCCAAGGCCGGAAAGUGGCGCUGGAAGUCAAGCGCAACCAUUGUGCGGUCAUUAUUCAGCGCCAUUUGGCUGGGUAUGCCAAGCGCCGCAACUACCAGCGCAAGCGCAAGAUCAUUGUGCGUGUCCAGUCGUUUGUUCGCAUGCACUUGCAACGCCCCAAGUACUUGGCCGCCCUGCAGGAAAAGAAGUUGGAAGCGGACAUGAAGUACCAGUUGCAAGCCCUCCAGAAUCGGUUGGCGGAAGAGCAAAAGCGCAGUGCCAUGUUGGAGCAAGAGAAGCAAGCCAAGGACGAAGCGAUUAUGGCCGACGCCGGCGACAUGAUCGGGUCACUCAAGGAUGCGAACGAGGUGUUCAAGAAGGAGAACGACGAACUCAAGGUGCAACUCGCCGCUUACAAGUCCGAGUUGGAAAAGCUCAAGACGCACACGGAAAUUCAGUUGAGCCAAAACUUCGUCAAGCUCAAGCAAGAGCAGGAAUUGACUCAGUCGCUUCAAAAGAAAGUCGACGCGCAAGCAGCCGAAAUCGCCAAGCUCAAGGAACAAGUGGCCAAGGGCGGUCCUGCUUUGGGAGCAUCGACCUCAGUGCCGGCAGUGGCCGGCCGAAUUCGCAACAAAUUGUUCCGCCAACCUGCGCACAAAGACAUCAAGGCUCAUGUCAUUGCUGGGGCGGACGGAUCGGCUGGGCCAAUGUUGGACUCUGUCACGGAGGAGAGGGACAUGUUCCCCAGUAGCACGUCGACCGCCGUGAGCUCAGCCGUCGAUGUGCUCAAGAAAGCUACCCAAUUCAAGCGCCCAACGUUUUGGCGAAGUGACUCCACCACGGCACAUCUUGCCGACCCCACGAAGUCGGAACUGCAACGUGACAGCGACCCUGAUGGCACUAAGCCAGCCGACUACUACGAGUUCAAGACGUCAUCGUCGAUCACGAACAAUGACUCAACGACCAAGACGGACUUGGACAGCUUGGAAAGUGCUCCACGCUCCUCGGUCAUCAACUCGGCGAUGGCGCAAGGUCGCAGCGGCAUCUCGUCGUUGACGAACCGGAUGGUGAAGAAUAUUAUGGGUGGCAAAAAGGACGAGAAGAACGGCGACUCAAAGGACGGCCGGUCCAGUCUCACCGGCCUUUCCAGCAGUGUGGUAGCAGCUGCUGCGACUGCCGCCGUCGCCAAGCAACCUUCCCGACCUACCAUUGUGCCUCAGGAAAGUUUCAAUUUGGACUCGUUGCCGGAGGCCCCGUUGCCGAACGGGUGGGACGCCAAGGUCAGCCGCAACAACGGCAAAGUAUACUACGUGAACAAGACGCUCAAGUUGACGCAGUGGGACCGUCCAUCGGUCGAAACACUCAAACUCAUGAAGCAGGCAAAGAAGCAGCAGGAAACCCCCCAAUAAAUCUUGUAAUGUCGUGGACUUCCUGUGGCACCACAGACAUGGGUCGUCGUCACCAGGGACAAUGUGAUGUGAGAGAUCUGCCAACUAUGAUGCCUCCAGGCAGUCCAUCGAGGUGGCAAGGCAGACGACGGCACGAGGUGAAGCGCCUGGCUCGAUGC